ACCACUCUUCAAUGCAACAACAUUCAAAGAGAAUAAUUACGUUCUAACUCAUGCCCUAACACAAAUUUCUCUUCUAACAAUUACAUAGAAUUUCAACUCCAAAUCACAUGGUAUGUGAAUUGCUAUGGGUGUUUAUGAAAUAUCAAUAAAAUUGCCAAGAAAGAUUGGAUUUUUGUAUUUGUAACUCCAUCAAACGGACCACUCAGUGGUUGAAAUGUAUAACAAAUAAUGCAAAAUGUUUGGUUCCUUCCUGCGUGCAUUAAAUAAAAUAAAACAAGGGGAAAACUGGGAAAUAAAUUAUGGCCACAAAAACAGAGUCAACAAAGAAACUGAAAGCUGAAACUAUUCAACCAAAAAACGGAGUCCGUUUUCUGCUAAGACAAAGGUGUCAACGGCAAUGGCCACACACUAUUACAGUUGUUCAAUUCCAGCGAAACCCACCUCCCAAACAAGCUCUAACAACUUUGUCUUCAGCUUUUAGUCUUGGAGAUUCAAUUUCAGCGGCUGCUACUUCAGUUGGAGUAGAUGGACCCACCGCCUCCACCAAUCCUUCCAGGUCUUUGCCGUUUAGAGUGGGUCAUGGGUUCGGCCUUCAUCUUUUGGAUCCUGGCUACCCAUUGAUCAUUGGUGGGAUUGAUAUUCCUCAUUCUGAUGGAGAUGUGCUACUCCAUUGUGUUGUGUAUGCAAUACUGGGAGCUUUAGGCCUUCCUGAUAUAGGGCAGAUAGUUCCAUAUUCUGACCCCAAGCGGAAAGGGGCUUCUUCUGUUUUCAUCAAAGAAGCUGUGAAUAUUUCUUUGAUGUGGAUCCUGGAUAAUUUUGAGAUAUUCCUUUUAUUUAUUUAUCUAUUUUCGGCUGUUUAUUUUCCACUGAAUUCUCCUUUGACUGCUUCACUGCUGCCUACCUUAAAAGAAUGACAGAUACAUCGGCCAUUGCUAUAUUAUGAAAUGUCUGUAUGUAGUCUGGCCAUAGAUGGAAUGUUUUAGGUUGGGAUACUGGUCCUAGAUUACAACCUUAGUACUGUAAGUACCAAAAAGGAACCUUGGUAAAGUAAUAGAAAGGGCAAUGCUAGUAACCAAGAAUAUAAUCAGUCUGAAUGUUGUAGGCUCCACUUAGGUACUCUUUAUUCUACAUUUAAGUAUUAAAAUGUUUUGAAACAUUCCCUUUUUAGCCAUUUCAAUAAGAAAAAGAAUAAUAGAAGAAACUCAGAGUGGGUUGGACUACAUGAUAUGGAACUGCUUUGUUGAUUCCAUCCGCUUAGAAACUAAAACCGAGUCUGUAGUUUCAAGCAUUGGGUAGUUUGUAUUAGAUGCAUCAGCAAAGUAAUUUUGAUAGAGCUCUGCUGUGUUGGGGAGCAGAGAAGUGCAUAUGAAAAUGCUGCAUUAGAGCAAACUUCUGCUGCUGAUAGUGACUUCCUAGCAAACAAUGCAAUGCACCUUGUACUUUAUUUGAUACACUGAACCUAAUAGGCAAUGUAUCUUUUCUUCAGGACAGCUUUAUCUUUUUUUAUUGUUGAAAAUGAGAUUUAAUUUUUUAUAUUAGACUAUAAUCACUAAUAUUGUAUGUGCAUGAACAUAAUUGAAGGGAACUUCAUAUAUCCUUAUAUUCUAUCUAGCCUGCGAAAGUGAUUCUACUCAUGGAUGCACCUUGUAAACAUGAUUUUUGACUUAAAAAGUUAAAGGAGAAAAAGGAUGCUUUUAAGACCCAUCUAUCAGAUAUGAUAUUCCUUCACUGCAAAAUUCUGCAGAACCUCUGAUGUUUGUUUGACGGCGAUUUCACCAACCAAAAUGCAAUGAAUGUUUCUUCAAAACAACCUAAUUUGUUUUUUUAUUCUCCACUGAACUAUAGGUAUUCAUUUAUGUGCAGGAAAAACCCGUAUCAUACACGACGUCCAAAGUGAUGCUAUACCCUGACAUCAAUCUAUGCUAUAUGCUUUCAUCUAGAAGUUCUGUUGUAGUUUUCUGUAUGUAUAGCUUACAGGAGAAUCCUUGUUGAACCUUGAAUUUGCAUGUAUGCUGCGUCUUUCUAUGAAGAGACUAAAUCCAUGAAAUGCUCCCCUAAUGCCUCCAUUCAUCCAACUAUUUUAGUGCUAAUUUCUUCCAAAGAACUUGGCUGUUAUGUGUUCCAAAAGUACUACUUAAUCCGAAAUUAACAAACCUACACUUAAAAUUCGUUUGUAGGAGUAGCAUUAGGAAAAAUAUUAACAAAUUUGCAAGGCAAAACAAACUAUGAAGUGGGGGAACUAUGAUAGUUUUUAAUAUAGAUGUGAAUGAUCCAUUUACUGAUUUGGUUUGGGUAAGAGAUAUGUGUUCUCUUUCUACUCAACUCAGAUCUUAGAAAUUUGUAGUAAAUAAAUAAAUGUGUUUUCUUUUUCCUUGAAUGGAUUAUGUAAAUGUGCUCAUGAUAGUCGUGCUCGGCCAUCAAUGUUUAUAUCUUCCAUACAUUCAAUUUUACUGUUCAGACUAAUUAGAUUAAUCAUGGUCAUCCUCUGCAACACGGUUCAUCAUCUCAGGGGAGACUCAUGCAUGAGGCAGGUUAUGAGAUUGGAAACUUAGAUGCCAACUUAAUUCUUCAAAGACCAAAAUUGAGCCCACACAAGGAGGCAAUCAAGUCCAACUUGUCUCAGCUGCUCGGAGCCGACCCUUCUGUUGUCAAUCUGAAGGUAAGACUCAUGAAAAAGUCGACAGCCUAGGUGAAAACCGAAGUAUUGCAGCACAUACUGUGGUCCUACUGAUGAGGAAGUAAAUAAUAAGUCUCGGAUAACAGUGUCAAGUAUGCAACUGUAUAUACGGCGAGUAUCAUUAUAUAUGGUAUUGCUAAUUGUGACAGCUUAAUGUAUUUGGUUGGACCAGAUUGUUAAAUCCUCAGCAUUUAACUUGAAACGCCGAUGGUGAGUUUGGAAAUAGAA